UUAAAAUCGCAUCUCAUUUCAUUGAACCUUCUUCCUUCGAGUUCGUCUCACCACAAUAACUGACUACUUCCGUUACCUUUUCUUUUCUCUCCCAACACUCCAUCUCAAAAUUAAUCCAUAUACUUCAUGUAAUGUAAUUAAAAUUCAUAUAGUAUAUGUUUUGACCAAGACUUUGUCUUUGUCCUUCCAUUCACAUUAAUUCAAUUUAUUUUACAUUUUUCAUAAAUCUGCUACCUAGACGUAACCGUUUUUAUUUUCUUUCUUAUAAACUCGCCUCACGCAUAUUCCGCUUCCCGCCUCCGUUCCGUUCCUUCUUCUUUAUUUUCUGACAGUGAUCGCCUUAAGGGCCCAUGAAGCUUCUCUCAAUCACCGCCGUCAAUCACCGUCGCCACGUCACCUUCCUCCAAUUCAAACACUAAUAUCAUGCAUCCUUUCUGCUGCGUCUCCGCUAUUUCCGACCAAGCUUCGCCGGUGAAACCUCCGUCUCCGUUCACUGACUUCACCAUGCCUCCUCCUCCACCACCAUCUGUCGCUGUUAGAUCCGAUUCGCCGGCUCCGAUUCAUAGUCACAGCCAUAGCAACGGUUGUCAGCGGGAACAGCCGGCGGUGGUUGUUGAUUUGAAGAUCAACGACCUCGUCGGAAAUGGAAUCUCCGGUAUACUGUAUAAAUGGGUGAAUUACGGUAAAGGAUGGAGACCUCGAUGGUUUGUUCUUCAAGAUGGAGUUCUCUCUUACUACAAGAUUCAUGGACCUGAUAAAAUUAUCGUUAAUCAUGAAACUGAAAAAGGCUCCAAAGUUAUCGGCGAUGAAUCUAUUCGAAGGAUCAAUCGCAAUCGUAAUUCUUAUCCCUAUCAACAUCGUCGUAAACCUUUCGGUGAAAUCCAUCUCAAGGUCUCAACAAUUCGCGAAAGUAAAUCGGAUGAUAAGAGAUUUUCGGUGUUCACGGGAAUGAAGAGACUUCAUUUGAGAGCAGAGUCACGUGAAGAUCGUGUGGCGUGGAUGGAAGCUUUGCAAGCAGUGAAAGAUAUGUUCCCUAGAAUUUCCAACAGUGAAUUAAUGGCUCCUGUGGAUAACGUAACAAUUUCAACUGAGAAAUUGAGAAAUCGGCUUUUGGAAGAAGGAACGAGUGAAGCAGCUAUUCAGGACAGUGAACAAAUUAUGAAAACUGAGUUUGCAGCGUUACAGAAUCAAUUAGUGUUGCUUAAGCAGAAGCAUUCUAUCCUCAUUGACACGUUACGCCAUCUAGAGACAGACAAGGUCGAUCUGGAGAAUACAGUUGUUGAUGAGAGCCAAAGACAGUGGAAUGAUCAAGAAGAUUCCUCUGGAUUGCAAGAAAAAUUUAGUGAAGGAAGUGCAAGUGAAUCUGAGGAUGAUAAUGAGAGAAAUGAUGUGGCAGAGGAAGAAACAGAUGACGAUGACAAUGUCUUUUUUGAUACCCGUGAUAUUCUAUCAUCAAGUUCUUUUAAAAGUAAUGGGUCUGAUUAUAGAGUAUCAUCUUUCUCAUCUGAUAAUGAUGCAUUUGAAUCAGAGGACGAUGUAGAUUCUUCAAAUAGAUAUAUUGGAACCAACCACCCUCGUGUUAAGCGGCGAAAGAAAUUGCCAGACCCUGUAGAGAAAGAGAAAGGUGUCAGUCUUUGGUCAAUGAUCAAGGAUAAUAUAGGGAAAGAUCUAACAAAAGUUUGCCUUCCUGUUUACUUUAAUGAGCCUCUCUCCUCCCUGCAAAAGUGCUUUGAAGAAAUGGAGUACUCAUAUCUGCUUGACCAAGCAUAUGAAUGGGGAAAAAGGGGUGAUAGCCUCAUGAGGAUUCUCUAUGUCGCUGCUUUUGCUGUAUCUGCCUAUGCUUCAACCGAAGGAAGAAUUUGCAAACCAUUUAAUCCAUUACUUGGAGAAACAUACGAGGCUAACUAUCCAGAUAAAGGCCUUCGCUUUUUCUCAGAGAAGGUCAGCCAUCAUCCUAUGAUAGUUGCAUGUCACUGUGAGGGUACAGGAUGGAAAUUUUCGGGGGAUAGCAACUUAAAAAGCAAAUUUUGGGGCCGCUCAAUUCAGCUUGACCCUGUCGGUACUUUGACUUUGGAAUUUGAUGAUGGAGAGGUUUUCCAGUGGAGCAAGGUUACAACAUCAAUAUACAAUCUCAUAUUAGGAAAGCUUUACUGUGAUCAUUAUGGUACGAUGCGUAUAGAGGGAAACCAAGAGUACUCGUGUAAGCUGAAAUUCAAGGAACAAUCUAUAAUUGAUCGAAAUCCUCAUCAGGUUCAUGGUAUAGUACAAGAUAGGAACGGAAAAACAGUAUCAACCUUGUUUGGAAAAUGGGAUGAAAGCAUGCAUUAUGUUAAUGGAGACUACACUGGGAAGGGGAAAGGUCAUGAAUCUUUGUCAGAGGCUCAUCUACUCUGGAAGCGAAGCAAGGCUCCCAUGUUUCCUACUAGAUAUAAUUUCACUCGUUUUGCCAUCACGUUAAAUGAACUUACCCCUGGAUUGAAGGAGAAAUUGCCGCCAACAGAUUCGAGGUUAAGACCAGACCAACGGUAUUUAGAAAAUGGGGAGUAUGAGAUGGCAAAUUCAGAAAAGUUACGGCUUGAGCAACGGCAACGGCAGGCUCGGAAGAUGCAAGAGAGCGGUUGGAGACCGCGGUGGUUUGCGAAGGAUAAAGCUAGCGGGACAUACCGCUAUAUGGGAGGGUAUUGGGAGGCUCGAGAAAAAAGAAACUGGGACACAUGUCCCGACAUCUUUGGCCAAAUUUCUCCAGAUCAUCUAUCUGAUGAAGUUCAAAUUACAUCUUAAUUUUUCUGUUUAUUCUUCCCUCCACAUUUUUUUUACAUAUGGGUGUCUAUGACUGCUGCGUUGCAAUUAUGGUACACUCAUGAAAUCAAUGUAAGGCAAUUAGUUGAAAAUAUGAGUGAGCAAUAAUGUAAUUCUUUCUCUAUUUUUUAUUUGUCCAUUUCAAGUCUACUGAAUCCAAUUUCUUACUAGAUGGUAGCUAACAUAAUAAUCAA